AUUCCAGGGUGGGAACAGUAUAUAAAGAAUUGGCAGGCUGAGAUGUUUCAAUGUCCCCACCUACAAAAACGCACCAAUCUCUCCUCUCAUUGGUAAUCGGUUCCUUCCUCGCAAUCGCGUGGGGUGGCGUCUCUCCUGUGUCUGUAAAGACCUACCCGACAAGCGACAGUUAUCCAUACGGGCAUCUUCAACUCUCUCCCUCUCUCAGCAGAAGAAAGCUGAAAAGCAAAAAAUAGGACCUCGGUUUACGAACUGGGUUUGGCCGGAUCUUGGAUUAGAGCCACAGAUUCUACUCAAAUCACUUUGACUUUGGAGGUACAUUUUUCUGAGCGUGAUAAUGGAUUCCCCUCAAUCUGUUGUAUCACCAUUCAAGAGUUCUAUUGUUGUUGAACCAGAAUCUGAUUAUGGAGUUCGGACUUCUGGUGGUUUAUCCAAGGGAACUGGGUUCCAGAGGAAGGAAGCAACGGUAGGCAACAUGGAAGAUUUUAUUGGUACCCUUGAGGUCUACGUACAUCAGGCUAGGGACAUCCAUAACAUAUGCAUUUACCACAAGCAAGAUGUUUAUGCUAAGCUUUGUCUGACCAGUGAUCCUGAAAACACGGUCUCCACCAAAAUUAUCAAUGGUGGUGGGAGGAACCCAGUCUUCAAUGAUAAUCUCCGGCUCAAUGUUAAGACUAUUGAUUGCUCUCUUAAAUGUGAGAUAUUCAUGAUGAGCAGGGUGAAGAAUUAUCUUGAGGAUCAGUUGCUGGGAUUUGCCUUGGUGCCCCUGUCUGAUGUUCUAAUCAAGAAUGGGAAGCUGGAGAAAGAGUUCUCUCUUUCUUCAACUGAUUUAUUCCACUCUCCUGCAGGGUUUGUUCAGUUAUCUCUGUCGUACAGUGGAGCUUCACCAGAUGUUAUGGCAAUUCCUGCCAUGCGUACUGCUUCAGAUGUAGAAAUACAGGAAUCACUGCCUUGUGAAUUUGAAAAGAUUGAGUUCCCAGAUCCAAAAAUUGUGAAUGAAAACCAGAUGAUGGUUUCAGAGUAUUUUGGGAUCUCAUGUACGAGUGUGGAUUCUGAAAAGUCUGAGAGUUUGGACACCUGUGAUGUUGAAAAUCAUGUUAGUUCAGACAUGGGUGUUCACGCCAUGGAAAGUUCCUCGGCUGCUACCGUGGACUCCAUUAAAGUUCCAAAGCCUGAUUCUCCUCCUAGCAGUGUGUCAACAAACGGGGUUUCUUCUCCGUCUGUUGCUGCAAGCUCUGAUACAUCUGAUGCUCCAGCUCCAAAACCAGCAAACCAGGAGAAAGAAUCUGCUCAAAAAGAGAAGAAGGGUGGAGAUGCUGGAGAUGGUGAGACUGAUUCCUCUGGUGGGGAACAAAGUGAGAAAAUUGCAAAGCCAGUUAUUACGGUUAAUAUUGAACCAGAGCAGAAUGUUGUACAACAGGACAUAGUGGAUAUGUACAUGAAGAGCAUGCAGCAAUUCACGGAGUCAUUGGCAAAGAUGAAGCUUCCACUGGACAUUGAUAGUGGACCAACAAGUUCAGGAAGUUCAACUUCUGAUCAGAAAAUGCAGUCAUCAAAGAACAGUGGCUCCCGAGUGUUUUAUGGGAGCAGGGCUUUCUUCUGAGCCUUUGUUCCACUGGUUCAGAGGAGAACACACAGGUGACUUUAGUUUGUAGCACGGAGACUAAUACUAAUAGUGAAAUCUAAUAAUGAAUCAUGUAGUGUGGUGUUUUCCUUUUGUAUUUUCAGAUGUUUAGAUGAGUUAGGACGGGAAAUCAUGAAUUCCAUGUGUUAUCAUCAACUUCGUUUUAUAACAACUGCUGUUAGUGUACAUGGAAAUUUCCUUUUCAA